CGCGGGGAGCCGCCCUGCCGGGAAGGAGCCCGAGAGAGAGUCGGCGGCACAAAAUGGCGGCGGCGACGGCGACGGCCGGGGCCGGGGCUCAGGGGCCGGCGACCCCCGCGGCAGCGGCCGGCACGCCGGGCUGCGGUGGCACAGCCCCCGGGUCGCAGGGGGUGCUGAUCGGGGACCGGCUGUACUCCGGGGUGCUCAUCACGCUGGAGAACUGCCUCCUGCCGGACGACAAGCUCCGCUUCACGCCGUCCAUGUCGAGUGGCCUCGACACUGACACGGAGACCGACCUCCGCGUGGUGGGCUGCGAGCUCAUCCAGGCGGCCGGCAUCCUGCUCCGCCUGCCGCAGGUGGCCAUGGCUACCGGGCAGGUGUUGUUCCAGCGGUUCUUCUACACCAAGUCCUUUGUGAAGCAUUCCAUGGAGCACGUGUCAAUGGCCUGUGUUCACCUGGCCUCCAAGAUAGAAGAGGCUCCAAGACGGAUACGGGACGUCAUCAACGUGUUUCAUCGCCUUCGACACCUGAGAGAGAAAAAAAAACCUGUGCCUCUACUGUUGGAUCAAGAUUAUGUUAACUUAAAGAAUCAAAUUAUAAAGGCGGAAAGGCGAGUUCUCAAAGAGUUGGGUUUCUGCGUCCAUGUGAAGCACCCUCACAAGAUAAUCGUUAUGUACCUUCAGGUGUUAGAGUGUGAGCGUAACCGACACCUGGUCCAGACCUCAUGGAAUUACAUGAAUGAUAGCCUUCGCACAGACGUUUUUGUGAGGUUCCAGCCUGAGAGCAUCGCCUGUGCCUGCAUCUAUCUUGCUGCCCGGACGCUGGAGAUCCCUUUGCCCAAUCGUCCCCAUUGGUUUCUUUUGUUUGGAGCAACUGAAGAAGAGAUUCAAGAAAUCUGCUUAAAAAUUCUGCAGCUAUAUACUCGGAAAAAGGUUGACCUGACCCACCUGGAAGGUGAAGUGGAGAAGCGCAGGUACGCCCUCGACGAGGCAAAGGCACAAGCCAAGGGCCUGUUGCCCGGCGGCACCCAGGUGCUGGACAGCGCGUCGCGGUUCUCACCUGCCCCCAAGCCGGCGGAGUCCCCCAAGGAAGGCCAAGGAGACAAGCCUUCCCCACUCUCUGUGAAGAACGCCAGGAGGAAAGUGGAGGGCGUGAAGAGAGCCAAGGCCGACAGCCCGGUGAACGGCUUGCCGAGGGGGCGAGGGGCUCGAAGUCGGAGUGGGAGUCACGAGCAGAGUUACUCCAGGUCCCCGUCGCCAUCCGCUUCUCCUAAGAGAAGUGGUCUCCUUCACAGGAAAAGCGACAGCGGCUCUACGUCUGGCGGGUCCAAGUCACAGAGCCGCUCGCGGAGCCGGAGUGACUCCCCACCCAGACAGGCCCAUCGGGGCGCUCCCUACAAAGGCUCCAAGGUAAGGAGCUACCGGAGGUCCAAGGACUGCAAGUACUCCGCCCAGAAGCCACACAAGUCUCGGAGCCGGAGCUCCUCCCGCUCUCGGAGCCGCUCACGGGAACGGGCAGAUAAUUCUGGAAAAUACAAGAAGAAAAGUCAUUACUGUAGAGACCAGCGACGGGAGCGUUCUCGGUCGUACGAGCGAGCGGGCCAUCGCUACGAGCGGGACCACCCUGGGCACAGCAGGCACCGGAGGUUAUUUGGAACGUUGAAGGAUUUGUGGUUUGUCAACGUGCGUGCUUGCUCCUGUGCACAGCCGGCAGUACCGGUUCUAGCGGUACGUCUGCGCUGCCGCCUCUCAUCUCAUUAAAGCGUUGGGUUUUGUA